AGCAACAACAAUCAAAGAAGCUCUAGCCAGAUGGGAAGAGAAAACCAGUCAAAAGCCAUCCGAAGCCAAAGAGAUAAAGCUUUAUGCUCAGAUUCCCCCUAUAGAGAAGAUGGAUGCAUCCUUGUCCACACUUGCUAAUUGCGAGAAGCUUUCACUGUCUACAAACUGCAUUGAAAAAAUUGCCAACCUCAAUGGCUUAAAAAACUUGAGGAUAUUGUCUUUAGGAAGAAACAACAUAAAGAACUUAAAUGGACUGGAAGCAGUAGGGGACACAUUAGAAGAACUGUGGAUCUCCUACAAUUUUAUUGAGAAGUUGAAAGGGAUCCAUGUAAUGAAGAAAUUGAAGAUUCUCUACAUGUCUAAUAACCUAGUGAAAGACUGGGCUGAAUUUGUGAAGCUGGCAGAAUUGCCGUGCCUGGAAGACCUGGUGUUUGUAGGCAAUCCCUUGGAAGAGAAACAUUCUGCUGACGGGAACUGGAUUGAAGAGGCGACCAAGAGAGUCCCCAAACUGAAAAAGCUGGAUGGUACCCCAGUAAUUAAAGAGGAUGAGGAAGAAGAUAACUAA